CUCAGAAGCAAUCAAUAGAGGUUAGCAUAGCCAUUCCCUGGCGAGGAGACAAGACGCUGUUUUAUAUUUAUUUAUGGAGGAGGUGCAUCAGUAAAUAAACGUUUUUUUUUUGUUUGUUGAGAAAACAACUCAUCACUUAAGGAAUUUACCGCUGGUCAAAAAGUUUUACACUAAAUCCUUUUGGAGUGAACUAUGUGUAGUAAAAACGCAGUGGUCGCUAUCUCUCAUACUGGAUGUAAUAGGAAACUGGAACGUGGACAUUACAUGAACGUGUUUAUACAAAACCAUAACCGUACUAUACUAUAACAAGUUACGUGGUGCUAUCGGACGAACACACUUCACGCUAACAAAAUCAGCGCACUGGUGUUUCAUUUGAUUUUCACCGCUUUAAAUAUUUUUAACAGCCAGUGCAUUUUCAAUAUUUACAAAAUUACGAAGCGGCUACCGAAAGCGUAUUUACAUAUUAAUCGAUGCCAUUGUUUACAGUUGCGAAGGCGUCGCGUGUGUAAUUCGAGCACGUGCAUCAUGCGGCGGCGAAACCACGAAACUUCACCGAUGCACAAUUUCUACCCUUCUCAGUGACACUUUCUUUCGUUAAUUGACCAGAAAGCUUAACUUAGCGUGGAUAGAUAGGCAGUCCUUUUCUAGCUCUCUUGCGACCUUUGCUCAUCAGGUGUUGCAUUAGCUCUGAAACACCGGCGGCGGCAUUAAAAGCUUUGCUAUUUUAAUUAGAUUUCAACCUGUAGUUACACGUGUCUGAGCGUCAUUUAAGCGUCAUGGUGACAUGCACUAAUGCCGCAUUGUGUCCUGCCUCGCGAUGCGAUGCAGUAUGACCACGUCGAGCUCACUAGUUGCAACAAUCGCUCGAAAUGUGUUAAAAAUAAAAGUUUUGUUCACCCACUAACGUGAGAGCUUGCUGUUGUGUUUACGUCCAUUUCUGUGGACAUGUCCAAAACACGCGAAGUGUUACUUGUAGGGGAAGGGAACUUCUCCUUCUCGGCUGCUUUGAGAGAGAAUGCAGGUGAUGAUGUUGGAGUCACCGCUACUUGUUUUCAUAGCGAAGAUCAAACAUACGCACAGGAGGGUGCUGCACUGAACAUACAAAGACUUCGAGAGAAAGGAUCAGUUGUUCUGUUUGAGGUGGAUUGCACAUGCCUGAAGGAGUAUGAAGCCAUCCAACGUCAUCUUUAUGACUGCGUUAUCUUUAACUUCCCCCAUUGUGGGCGAAAAAGUGGCGUUAAGAAGAACCGUGUCUUGUUGGUGAAAUUUUUUAAAAGUGCCAUUGCAGUCCUGAAGGACAAUGGGGAAGUGCACGUCACCUUGUGCAAUGGGCAAGGCGGCACUCCGUAUGACAGUCCAAUGAGAGAAUGGCACAAUAGUUGGCAGGUGGUUGCCAUGGCAGCAGAAGCAGGGCUAAUUCUCAGUGAAAUCCGUCCUUUUGACUGUGAAACGUUUCAAGGUUACAGAUGUACAGGUUACAGGAGUCAAGACAAAGGUUUUCAUGUAGAAGGAGCACUGACCCACAUCUUCACUGGGAGUCUCCCAUAUAUUAUGCCAGAGAAGCUGAAAAUGGAGAAAACCAUUGGGAAGGAGACCGUUUGUUUUGAGCUUCCUGCAGAGUUGAAUGAAUAUUUGAACAGGAAUUUCCUUGAUCAGCAGUCACACCACCCAGUAAAAACUGUUCAGGAACAGUUACUGAGAGAGCUCAAGUCAGUGUGGCCUGUAUGCACAAUGAACAUGGACUUCCCGGAACUGGUAAACUGUCUACCAGAAAAGCUUCAGACAUGUGACUCCAGUCUGACACACUGUGACAUCUACUGGAUUAAACCAACUGAUGUAUAUAUAUUUGACCAAAGUGAAAAUGGGCGGCAAAAAUGUGAGUCUAUGGAGGACCAACAAAGCUUUACGGGCAGCUAUGCAUUGCGGCCGUCUCUGUUACCACAUGUCCAGGAGAUCACAAAGAAUGAGGACUUCAGCCCUGGUACGCUCCAUGCGGUAAGCGGCUUGGUUUUUCAGAGAGUUCCCAUCUCCCAAAGCCGUUCGCCUGUAUUCCACCAGCUUUUACUGGUGGGUAUGUUUCCAGCAGAAUCUCAUCCUCUUCAGUGCUUCAAAGACUGCUUAGAGUCACUACUCACUUCUUAUGGCGUCUCCUUUGAGGAGGCGCAGACAGGCCGAAAGCAGCAAGUGUGGAUGAAUUCAAAGAUGCUUCCCAAGUUUGGACAGCUUGCAUCUCUCCCUUUGGCUUCAGAUCGUAAUGAAGGUCUACAAUUAAAUGUUGUCUCAAUAAACUUGGAUCAUUUAGCCACUCUGCUCUUUGCCAUUUCUGAUUGGCGCUUGAUUUGGAGUGCCGAUCCUCGCUUUCUUAAGCACUUUGAACUCUAUCCACUUGGAACGUUUUGUCCUUUCUCUCUUUACCCACCAAGCUACUCACAUGACAUCAGUUUCUGGAUGGACCCAGAUAGCUAUGACGAACUGGACUUCCAUGCCAUUGUGCGAGAGGUCACUUGUGGUGCGGUUAAGGAUGUGGCAUUAGUAGAUCGCUUCAGACACCCACACAUGGGUCAUGCAAGCCUCUGCUAUAAGCUGACUUACCAGUCAUCGGACCGUGCCCUCUCUCACAGCCAGGUGUUGGGACUACAGAAUCAGCUACGAAGACUGUUACCUCUUCGCCUGCAGGUAACCUUGAGGUGAUCUAAGAGGCUUGAGUAAUGAUUUACACAGACCAUAUCAAAGUGAUGUCUUGACUCCAAUUUUAAUGUAAAUUAUGUUUAGCUAUGUAUAUAAAAGCAGACUGCGUGAUCUGUGUUUCGACUGAGGAAUUGUUUGUUCUGUUGUUGUUUGAUAAAUCAAGAACAGUGAAUGUGUUAUUUUAGCGAAUACAACGUGUUUUAUUCUUAUUUGUCAAAGACUGAUAUAUGAAACCAUUGGAGCUAAUUUUUUGUUGUGCAUGAUUUCCUGACAAUUGUUUACAUAAUGCUAAUUCAAUUAUUUGGAAGUUCUGAAUUAUCUAUUUUGAAUGGGUUGUUUUAAUAAAGCAUCCAAAAUUUGUUUACAGAUUUCAGUAGUUCUAUGGAACAUUUUCUUUUGAAAUGCUAUGAGGUCUAGGAAAUAAAUUAAUUGCAAUUAAGAAUUCUGCCCUCUUUCUGACUGUAUAUUAAUUGAUAAUGCAUGUUUAGGCAUCUUGUUAAAUUUUGAAAUUUAGACAUAAUUAUGUGAUUGCAAAUCAUUUCAUCUGCUGCAUUUUUAAUUGCUGACUUCAUACAAGAAAACAUUUUUCUAAUUUAGGUUUACACUAAAGAAGAUACAUUUUAAUACCGUGGUACUGCUGAAAACUCUAUUAUGUUUAUGGUCAUUUAUGACUGUAAAUUAUCUUAUUGCUAUAUAAUUUGAAGGCACGUAGAAUAUUUAAUCAGUGAGGCAGCUUCAAAACUUUGUUGGAAUUAUGAGUGAAAAUCAAGUCUUGAAUUUGAAAACACUGGUUAUGAUUUUAAUCAUGUAACCUGAUGUGAUAUUCAUUUGAUUGUAUAAAACCCAUUUGUGAACCAUUUUAUUCAUUUAUUUAAAGUGUAAACAUUGGCUCAUAUCAUGACCAAACUACUUGGCAUUCUCAAACAAGACCACAUUCUUCAUGA